AUGCCACAAAGGGCGGGAAAGUUUCACGCUAAAUUAGUUCAAAGACAGGGCCAGAGAACAGCGCUCACUUUUGCGACGGCACCCCAGAUCUCAUGGACUCUACAUCGGCUUUACCCGUUACUUCUAAUCUGCGAUGGAAUUUUGAGUAAUAUACUGUGGUGUUGUGAUGAUGUGUGUCUUCCUUUUAUACACUCAGUACUUUUGGUCCUGAGCACAAACAUACUGACAGUGCAGGAUGGGGCCUCAUUUGCACGACGCGCGGUUGAGUCUUGGGUGGGAACCAUGAGCUGCGUCCUUCUGCUUCUCUCAUUUGUCUACUACAUCAGUUCUGUUCUGCAUGAGUUGAACGCAGAUGAACCGCCUACGCUGGAAGACAUCAUCGUAAUGGUGGAAACCGUGGUCUACAAACUGGAAGUGAUACGCGACGACCUUAGAGAGCCGCUGAAAAUGAGUUCUCAGGAGCUGGUCACAGUUCUUGUUUUUAUCACGCCAGUGCACUGGCUUCUCAUGAAGUACCUAUUCUCAUCCAACGACUAUCUGGUUUUCCUCGUUCUCUUUUGCUCCGUUUAUCACUCAAGCUGGUGUCAGUGUACUCUACGGCUUCUUUGGAGAAGCCUUUACGUACGGCAACUGCUCUCAUUAGUGUGUGGAAGAACAAGAGACGCUGGCGGCAUCGGCCAGGCGGCGUUCUACGUGGUAAAUAACUCUGGCAUCCAGGUGCCGCGCUAUACUUCUCCGCUAGAAGAUCUUUCAAGCUCCUCAUUUUCAAAUAGAGUACGGAAAGCCCUUGAUGGCGUCUACGACCCGGAUCUUGUUUCGAAGCACAGCAGCACACCAGUCUCUGCUAAGGUUGUGGAAUUUCGCAUUGACGAAAAUCAGCGCAAAUGGCCGCUGGACGGCUGGACCCAAAAUAUGUUGCCCUACGAGAGGUCCAAGUUCACAGCUUCUCAAGAUCCUGCAAGCGCUGAGUGUAGUUCCCCGUGGAAAUUUCAGGAAUCGCUAGGAAGGGAGUGGUGCUGGCUAGACGAUGCCUGGAAGCCAGAACCUUGGCUUUACUGUGACACACAUUGGAUAGCAAGGGGCGAAAACGAUUCUCUUGACUGUUACACAAGAAGACGGAUGUGGAAAAGACGUGCCUUUCAGUGCUCCCACUAA